UUCGUCCAAUUGACAACUUCCGGUCCUAACUUUGUUUUUGUUAUUAUUCGCGUUGCAUUGGUACCCUUUCAGGUACCUGUUGUCCUGAGCAAGAGCCUUCACGUGUUGAUUUGCAUCGAACACUCGUUACAAUUUGAAGCAUUUUAAUGUAUUUUUAACUCAUAUGUGUUCUGGAGAAGGGAUAUGUAGGUCAAGGAUCCAGUUUGUUUUGGUAAACAGCUGGGAUCCAAAAUAAACAAGAUGGCGACGAGCGAUGGAAGUGUCUCAAGUUUGGAGUCCAGUCAAGUGAAAGAGACCAACAUAGAUGUCGAACGCCUUUACAGAACCUUUACCUAUAAAUGUCUGCAAGUAAUUGUCCAAUCUCGUAUUGAGAAGAAAGAGAAUGCAAGAGACAAAGUCCAGUAUGAAAACUAUUUCAGUCUUACACUUCCUGAUGAUCCAAAACUGGAAGAACAAAUAAAGAAAGCUCUAGAUGGAGCCAGGCCAUUCCCAGUGAAGGAUCAGAGUGUCUGUGUCGAGAUUCCACUUGUGACAAGCGACGGAGACCACAUGUUUCUAGAAACAUGGGAUCUGACUUUCAAUUUGAGUAGUUUGGACAUUGCUGUGAACAAGCCUCAACACAUAUACACAAAAAUGGGAAUUACCCUGAAAUCUCUAGUCUGUGCGACAAGAGCCACUCCUGCCUACAGACUUGCGAAGAACCAGGGAGAAAAAGGCGGAGGAUACAAGCUGAAUUAUCGUAUCUAUCUUGGGAAACCUCAGACUCACAAUCUUGGAGAAGGUUUUAAAACCUACAGAGCUGGGGCUGUGCCAUCUGCUCACGGCCUGCUGGCCAUCAACGUUGCAUUCCGCACUCGCUUACUGAUCUCCCCUGAAAUGUCAUCUUCACAAACGGCUACCAUCGAGAUGAGGGACAAUCACUUUGACCAAGAAAGCCCCGUCAAAAAUGCUGUAUUGACACCAUCGAAACCUCAGCCGUGUUCUCCACCUCAAAGAAGCCCGGAGACUCGGUCUGAAAGUCCUUACUGUUUUGCCGUGUCACCGACAUCUGCUGAGCAGGAUGAGGAAUAUUUACGAGCUCGCUUGUCAUCUGAGACUGAUCGCUGGGCGCAGUCUGGUGUGUUCAACAUGGAAGAGCUUCCUGAGCCUGUGAUAGGGGCCUUCUCUAAUCGACACUUAGGCUCACGUCAUCAGGUGCAGCCCUCGGAGCUGUACGAAGGGCUCAUGAAAAGAAGCCUGAUGAUGCAGCAGGCUCAACAGAUGGCAGCCGCGGCUCGACAUAAGGACGCAGAUGGGGAGAGUGACGUAGACGGGCACAGGGAAGACAGAAAGGUUCCGGAGUGCAAAGCUGAGGAGGAGAAAGAGAACAUUCCUUCCCAGGAGAUGAGGAGUGUACGCAGCAAGGAGAACGUGACCAUGGAGGAUGAUUUUAUUAUGGUAGACAAACCCCCGUUUGCUGCAGAUGACGACCCAAGUGACGUGAAGGGCUUUUUGGGAUUAAUUUUCCGAGCCCCAAGUUUGUUUGAAGCUCAGGAAUGCAAAGUGACAGUUGAUGAUUACCUCAGUGAUGUCGGAGAACUUGUGAUGAAGUCGGAGGAGGACAUGCCUGUGUUGGAUGAGUUCUGUCAGUCGGUUAUAAACUUGAACAGCAGUGAGGAGGACGAACUGGCAGAGAACUCGGUGUUCAGCUGAUGGUCAGAGAAUGCUGAUUGGUGCAUGGGUGGUUAAGAGUUCCCUGAAUGAAAGCAGUGUGUGAGAAGUGCAGUGCGUUGGUCCAUGAGUGGUUAAAAGUGUGCUGAAUGAAAAUAGUGAUAGGGAAAUGGUGUUCGACACGAGAAACAAACACUGUUUUGAUACAUGAGUGGUUAGGAGUGUGCUAAAUGAAAGCAGUAUAGUGUAUCAGUCUGUGAGUGUGCUGAAUGACAAUAGUGUACGGGAAACCAAUACCGUUUUGAUGCAUGAGUGAUUAAGAGUGUGCUGAAUGAAAA